AUGGGUGAACUUCCGGUCAUUGAUUUCUCCGAUCAACACCUCAAGCCAGGAUCUCCGGAAUGGGAUUCCGUAAGGACCCGAGUCCAACAAGCACUUGAAGAGUACGGUUGCUUCGAGGCAUCGUACGAGAAAUCUUCGUCGGAGCUUCGGAAGGCGGAGUUCGAAGGUCUCAACCUUUUCGAGUUGCCACUGGAAACCAAGAUGAAAAAUGUGUCGGACAAUCCCUCUCAUGCCUAUAUCGCACCCCAUGCUAAUGCACUACUUUACGAAAGCAUAGGGAUUGAAGAUCCAAACGUCGCUCAAAACGUCGAGUCCCUUCCCAAUAGCUUUUGGCCCCAUGGAAACACUAAUUUCAUGUCCCAUUUCAUAACUCCAUCGGUUUUUUUGGUCCAUUUUUGUGAAAAUUUUGAUGUCAAUUUUCGUGAUAUUUUGCAGCAAAAGCAUGGGAUGGAUGGUGGAGCGAAUGCCCGAGGUCGAUCGAAUGGUAAUGAGGAUGGUAUUGGAGAGUUUUGGGCAAUGAAAUACAAAGCACCAAACACAAGUGAGAAGAAGCUUCAGUCAAGAGAUCACACGGAUAAGAACAUAGUCACUGUCCUAUGCCAAGGCAUCCAAGGGCUGGAAAUUCAGCUGAAAAAUGGAGAAUGGGUCGCUGCUAAACCUCAUUCUUCGACUGUCUUCUUCGGCGAUUCUGUCCACGCAUGGUUAAAUGGCAGGUUGCAACCCCCAUAUCACCGAGUAAUGAUGAAAGGAAAGGAGGCGAGAUACUCUUUUGGAUUGUUUCCGAAUCCAAAGAAAGGUUAUUUAAUAAAGGCACCCCAAGAGUUGGUUGAGGCCUGUAAAUACGCAGUUUUUUUAAGACAGAUUUCUGGUCACUCCUUGGCUCUCGAGAUAUCUUGGUCACUUGUCUCCCAGGAUACAACAACGAUAUGA